AUGUCAGACCCAGCGGCAGCUCUAACGUCGCUGCUGCGCGCCGCCUCCAUCCAAGACCACGAGGAAGUGCUCAAAGCUGCCAAUGCCGCCAUCAAAGCAGACAAGUCCAACACGCAAGCCCAUCACACAAGAGUCGUCGCCCUGCUGAAGCUCGACCGCUUCCACGACGCCCUGCGAGCUCUGACCGAUGGUGGACACGAGCUUGAGAAGGAAUGUUCCCUCGAGAAGGCUUAUGCCCUCUACAAGACUGGAAGCCUGCCUGACGCCCAACAUGUCGUGGAGUCGAUACAGCCCCUCACUCGCGCCUCGCGCCACCUCGCCGGCCAGAUCGCCUAUCGAGCCGAGAAGUUCCACCACGCCGCCAACAUCUACCGAGACCUCUCCCGCCAGAGUGACGGUCAGCCCGGCGAGGAGAACGACCUGAACAUCAACACCCUCGCCACGAAUGCGCAACUACAAUGGACUGGACUGGGCCACCUGGUGGACGACGAGGACAAGCAGCCCUCGCGCGAAGACCUCGAGGCCUUCGAAACCGCUUUCAAUGCCGCCUGUGGUUGUGUGGCCCGUGGUGACUGGAGCAAAGCCAGCAUUUUGCUGAAGCGUGCAAGAGAUCUCUGCGAAGCCAGCGAGGACUUGAGUGACCAAGAGAAGAAGGCCGAGCUUCUCCCCCUCAUCAUACAACACGCUUACGUCCUUUCGCGGAUUGGAAAGGAGGCCGAGGCGAAAGCCCUCCAAAACUCCAUAGUCCCAUCUGAGAUAACCGAGCCGUCAUCCAAGGUUGUCGCACAAAACAACCAGACUGCUUUGGCAUCCGAAAGCCAGAACCCUUAUCUGACACAGCGCCUGAUCGAAACUGCUACGACGCUCUCCGGAAACGAUAAACUCUUCGAAUAUCAGGCAGCUGUUUUAAGACGUAAUAGUUUUGCGUUGAGCCUCCAAAUGCACAAACUGGACGGUGUCGAGAGGUUAACAACCAGGCAAAUACUGCAAGCCACCACACCAUCGGCCUCUACGGAAAUUGCUGGGCUCGGUGUGAUCAAUGCUGCCGCACAGGCAAACUUGAAGACUGGAAAGUUGGCCAUCAAGGAGAUAUUGCCUAUACUUGAAAAGCGUCCUACUGAUGUCGGUCUGCUUCUGACCAUCAUUCAGCUUUACGUACAAACUAAAAAUCCUGGACCGGCAAUGACCCUGCUCGAAGCUUUCCUAAAGCGCAUGGAGCAGGCCACAACUCCUGACCACAACGAUGUCCGUUUUUCUCCCGGCCUGGUCGCUGUCACGGUGGCCGUAUACCGCUUGUUUGGCAGACAAAACUCGGUCAGGAGUGAGCUUGCCACAGCUGCUGCCCACUGGAAAUCGCGGUCUCAAGACUCGCCUACGUCUUUGCUCCGAGAAGCAGGCAUUGAGCUUCUUAAGUCGUCGAAUCCCGACGAUCUAGUACUUGCCGGUUCAACAUUCGAAGACAUUGCUGCCCGGUCCAACAGUGAUACCAUUGCUGCUGCUGGUCUGGUAGCCUCAUACGCUACCUCAGAUUACCCCAAGAUUGAGCCCUACCUGAAGAAUCUGACUUCGGUAGACAAGCUCACAUCCGGUGUUGACAUCCAAGCUCUGAUCAAUGCUGGUGUGGCAUCAGCGGCUACUUCCACGCCGCACGGUACAAAGCGCUCUGCUGACUCGGAGCCCCAGAAGCCGAACAAGAGGUUCAGAAAAAAGAGGCUGCCCAAGGAUUAUGAAGAAGGCAGCAAACCAGAUCCAGAACGCUGGCUGCCCCUUCGAGAUCGAAGCACCUACCGCCCCAAGGGCAAGAAGGGCAAGAAGCGUGCCCAAGAGGCGACACAGGGCGGUACGGUCAAGGAGGAGGAGACUCUGGAGCUUGUGGGCGGUGCAGGUGCUGUCAAGGUCGAGAAAGCGACAGGGGGUUCCAAAAAGAAGAAUAAGAAGAAGAAAUGA